AUGUUCGCUUCAAAAUCCAGUUCCGUAUCCCCUUCUCCAUCCAUGGAGCAGGCAGAUUCAGAUGCUCUGGACAUCAGCACCAAAGUACAGCUGUAUGGCGUGCUCUGGAAGAGACCCUUUGGGAGGCAGUCGGCCAAAUGGUCCAGGAGGUUCUUCAUCAUUAAGGAAAGUUUCUUGCUCUACUAUGCUGAGAGUGAGAAGAAGAGUUUUGAAAGCAAUAAAUACUUCAAUAUCCACCCCAAGGGUGUCAUACCCCUGGGAGGCUGCAUCGUGGAGCCCAAAGAAGAGCCCAGCAUGCCUUAUGCCAUAAAGAUCUCUCAUGAAGACUUCCAUGGUAACAUUGUUCUAGCAGCUGAAUCAGAGUUUGAGCAGGCUCAGUGGCUGGAGAUGCUACAGGAGUCUGGAAAAGUGACCUGGAAGAAUGCCCAGCUAGGAGAAGCCAUGAUUGAGAGCCUGGAAGCCCAAGGACUGCAGCUGGCCAAGGAGAAACAGGAGUAUUUAGAUAAGCUAAUGGAAGAAACAGAAGAGCUGUGUCUGCAGAGGGAGCAAAAAGAGGAACUCGAGCGUCUGAACCAGGUCCUGGAAGCAGAGAAGCACCGGUUUGAAGAGGUGGUACGGGAGCUGCGGCUGGAGCAGGAACAGAUCAGACGGGAGCUAGAGCUCACAGCCCGCUCCCUUAAAGGAGUGGAGGAAGAAAAGAAAGAGUUGCGAAGCCUGACACAGUCCUUACAGAAAACCCUAGAGGAGCUCUCCCUGGAAAAGCAGCAAAUGCUGGAGAUGCUGGAAGAAAACGAGAGCCAGCUCCCACCUCCAACCAGCCCCAGCAAGGAGCAAAGCCCCGUCUGGGGACUGCACUGCAGCCUGCGACAGAUUGAAGAGAAGAUGCAGCAACUUCUAGAGGAGAAACUCCUGGCAGAGAAGAGGAUGAAGGAGAAUGAGGAGCGGUCCCGAGCACUGGAGGAGGAGCGGGAGUUUUACUCUUCCCAGUCACAAGCGCUGCAGAACUCACUCUCGGAGCUGACCGCGGAGAAGCAGCAGACAGAGAGAGACCUCAAGGCUGAGGUGAAGGUGCGCAUGGAUCUGGAGAAGAGACUGAGAGAAGCUGAGGAGGCAUUGCAGAGCUUGGAGCAAGGCUUAAAUUCUCUGGAUUGCAACAAGGAGAAAGAGGAGAAGAUGAAAGCAGAUGUCAGCAGUUUGAGAAAGUUCUUUGAAGAGUGCAUCCGCAAUGCCGAGCUGGAGGCCAAGAUGCCCGUGAUCAUGAAGAACUCUGUGUACAUCCACAAGGCUGCCACUCGUCGCAUAAAGAGCUGCCGCUUCCACCGCCGGAGAGCCAGUGCUUCGUGGAAUGACUUGAAGCAGUCCCAGUCCUUCAUCUUCUCACACGCAGAAGCUGAAAACAUUGAGGAGCUGAAAGAAGCAGCCAAAAGACUGAGCCAGGACCAGCACUUCAGGGAAACUCUCUAUCAAAUCAUGAGGUCGCAAAAGGAUUCUGCUUCGGGGGACAAAAAGUGACUCUUGUUGAGAGGGGGCUUCUGAUCUCAACUUGCCAUUCAGCUCCGCAAAAGUUACGCCAUCGGGCACUAGGGUCAGAAGGGAGAUUUGCCCUUUGGUGGAGAAAGUGGGGGAAAGUUUUGUGUAGGCAAUUCCCUCAGUUAGUGGCUUUCCUUUAGUUUGAGCGCUCCCUGUAGCCUGGCAGACCUUCUCUGCUGAUCACUCCAGAUCUGUUUGCUUCAGCUGCUUAUGUGAAGCCACUUUUUGCCAAGAUACCAUGGUCAGUGUUAAAGUGAACCACAGACCAUAGCUUAGGAAG